AAGGAAUCCUUAAUAGUGCCGUCUCGCUCAUGCCCUUUACCGUGAGAACCCCGGCUGCGCGGCCGCCGCCGGCGCGGGGUUUGCACAACUACCUCAUUACGUGAUUUUGUGCCAUCUAAGUCACACUUAAAUUUUUUCGUGAAAAUAAAUUAAGUAGUGCCAAGUGUUCAGUGAUUUUUCAAAAUACACAAUGGGAAAAAGGAAACGCUCAAGGGAUGAAGAUUAUUCUAACAUACUCCGAAAGGUUAAAAAGUUAGAAGCAAAAUUAAGGCGUCGGCGCCGUUCAUUUUCUACAUCGUCUGAGAGUGACUACGAGCAUCGACGUUAUUAUGAAAUGGACAAUAUGGAUAUUCAAGGAGAUGAAAUCAUAGAUUUGGACGAAGUGGGUGUUCAUUCUCAGCCUACCCACAAUGAGAUAGAUUACGCCGCCCCCUACCCGCCGCCGCCAUCGCCUUCGAGCGCGCAGCCCGCAUCGUUCGCGGAGCGCGUACCGUCAGCGCACGCCGCGCCCGCGCCCGCGCCCCUCGCGCAGGCGGCGCCGCCCGGUGCAUUGUCUGCGCCGACCGUACCGCCACAGUCCGAGCCGUGCGCCCUAAGUGCGCUCGCUGAGUGUUCUGCGCCGCCCGUGACGAGUGCGCCGCCUAUGCAAGAUGACGUUCCAACUGCGCCUAGUGCGCCGUCUAAUGUGAUGUAUAACCAAACUCCUAAUAUUAACUGUACAUCGAAGAUAAAUACAGACGAGGCUCUUACAGAUGAGUAUGUACCGUCGCUAGAUCCGGAAAUACUUCAAUUGCUAGGCGACGACCCUACUACGGAGAAAAAUACGGUGCUGAUUUGCAUAAGGAUAUUGCCUCAAGAUGGGCACAUAUAUAUUCUAAUGGUUUGCCUAAAGAGGUCCAAUUGGAGCUUGCAAAAAAUUAUUUGCCGCCAAAAAAUUGCCCAAAUAUUACUGCCCCUAAACUUAAUCCCGAAAUUAAAGCAGCUCUUUCUGAAAUAA